AUGUCUCUCAUCCUGACACUCGCUAUUGUGUCAUGGCUCAGCAUCGCCAGCUGCCGUGCCAGCUACAAACCAGUUCUACUCGACACCACCGUCAACCUCACCAUCACGAGCGACGUCCUGGAGGUCUCGGAGGGAUACAAAACAACAGUCGGCAUCCCUGCGCUCUUUGGGGUUCCCUUGACCGAGACCCAAGCUUUCCCAAUCUAUCCACUAUCGACGGAUGCUUGCGAGCCCUUCUCCGUCACGCUGCCAAACAACAAAGACUCUCGCUUCAGCAACAUCAUUAGGACCCAACCACAUAACCUCUCGGCCAGCGAGGAAGCCUCGCUCGGGUGGUUGGCGCUGGUGAUGCGCGGCAAGUGUCCGUUCGAUGUCAAGGUACUCAACAUCCAAAAGGCCGGCUUUGCAGGAGCCGUCAUCUACAACGACGGCCGGCGGUCGCUCUCCGGAAUCGACCUCCCCGUCCGCAUGGCAGCCAGCUCAGAGCCCAAGUUGCAAGACCAGAUCCACAUCUGGUCCAUUUUCAUUUCACACUUUCAAGGAUUGCUGCUCAAGGAAGCCCACACCACCAUCCAAGGGUUCUUUGGCCAUCAGAGCCGCCUGGUUGUCACAGCAUCGCCCGGCAUUGCCCCGUCCUGGUACCGCGACAACGCCGACCACUUCACCCAUGGUGACUCUGGGUUCUGGGGUGAUAUCUUCUUCCUGGUCACGGUCUUUGUCCUCUGCGGAUGGGCAUCGAUUCUCACCUGCCUGGUGGUGACCAUCUGCCGAAACUACCUGCUCUACCGCCGCAUCAUUAUCUACGAGCUGCAGGGGCCCCCCGUGCCGCCCAAGCUCAAGACAGUGGAUUUGCCCAUCAAAGUCAUCACCAACGAAGACCUGGAUGCCCGGCGCUCCGAGGAAUCUUUGGCCGAGAACGAGCGGCUCCUUGAGCUUGGCCUCAGCAUCGGCAAAGAGUGCUGUGCGAUAUGCAUCGAGGAAUUUGAGUGCGGCAGCCGGGUCCGUGAGCUGCCGUGUCGCCACUACUUUCACGAUACUUGCGUUGAUCCUUGGUUGACCAAGCACACCCGCCUGUGCCCCAUCUGCAAGCAGGACGUGGUCGAACUCCAGGCCGGCACAUCCUCUGGCAGCGGCUCCGAGACGACGCUCGCAAGCGGGGCCGAUGCCAACGACAACAUCGGCACUGCCGCCACCCAAAGCAGUCGCACCUGGAUCGGGUUUUUCAGGGAGGUGCAUCGGUCACUGCAGUCAUCCCGACACGAUAACGGCGAGCGCAGAGAGGGCUCUGCCUCGGUUCCGAAUGGCAUGGAUCAGCCGAGCCCGGCCACGACCCUACUGUCGACUGGCAACGAUGGCCAGAGCACUGUUGAGAUCCAUUCGUAAGAUACUCAUCGUUACAAGAUCCGAGCGACGGCAGUCACCCAACCGCUUCGCAACGGGGGAGGAACCAAGCGGCGGAUGCUGGGAUGAGGGCACAGGCCCGGUGGCCUGUUCACAACAAUCUUGGCUUUCUUGCGGCAGGCUUGGCCUUUCACAGCAAACUCUUGGUGGCAAACUGGCCGAUGAAUUCCUUGUAGAUGGCUCUCUGGUCGGCAUCCGUGGGAAUAAAGUGACUUUGCGCAUUCAGAGCGACAACGAGGACAUUGAGUGGAAGUCAGUACGGGAUGCUCCU